AACCCUACUGUAAAGUUGGAUAUUUUUGAGUGGGCUGGGGAGGGGAGAGGAAGAUCCAAAAGUUUGAAAAACACAGACAGACAGAGACUAUUAUCACCCUCGCCGUCAACACUGCCGGCGUCUGCAGCGGCCAUCUCACUUUCACAGCCGGUCGCCGCUGCAGCCUCUAGCUCCACCAUUCCCGACACCUACACCUCACUGCAAUCACCUCCACAGCAGCUCCUAGCUGCUCUUUUCUCCACCAUUGUCAUUCAUCUUCCGGCCAGGCGCCGACGAGAUCCAUUCCGCCAUAAGUCACCACCACAGAUCACCUCCAUUUCUGGUGCCUUUGGAUAUACCAAAGCCCAUCAAUUUCGCCGGACUGCCAUCUCACCGACGGCCACCGCUUCACUGCCAUCACCACUUUUUCGGUUCUGUAUUUCUUGUACCAGCACCAUUGCAGUCACCGAGUACCAGCUGUAAGCAACCUUAUUUCAGGUGCAGGUGGCAAAAAUGGGAUCUGAAACAGCGCUUCCCAAAUGGGCAUCAGAGCCUUGCAUGAUGGGCAUUGAUGAAGCUGGACGUGGCCCUGUCUUAGGACCAAUGGUUUAUGGAUGCUUGUACUGUGCCUGCUCAUACCACAACACCCUUUCUACAUUGAACUUUGCAGAUUCAAAGACUCUAAAAGAAGAGAAGAGGGAGGAAUUGUUUGAAAAUUUAAAGGCUGAUGAAUCCAUUGGAUGGGCUGUUGAUGUCAUAGAUCCACGGGAGCUCUCAGCUAAAAUGCUAAAGAAAAACAAGAUAAAUCUAAAUGAAAUAUCUCAUGACUCUGCAAUUGGCCUCAUCACUAGGGUCCUAAACAUGGGAGUUCUUUUAACUGAGGUUUACGUGGACACAGUGGGAGAUGCAGAGAAGUAUAGGCUUAAACUGUCUGAAAGAUUUCCUGCUGUAAAAUUUGUUGUUGCAAAGAAAGCUGAUAGUCUUUAUCCAGUUGUAAGUGGAGCAAGCAUAGUUGCAAAGGUGACAAGAGACCGAGCCCUACGAGAUUGGGUUCUGGUUGAAACUGCUGAAAAUAUGCAUAGGAACUUUGGAUCCGGAUAUCCUGGAGAUCCUGAAACUAAGUCCUGGUUGCAACAUCACAAACACUUGGUAUUUGGAUUUCCGACUCUGGUUCGUUUCAGUUGGGCUACAUGCACUGCCUACUCCAAAGACAUUGUUGAAGUACUAUGGGAGGCUGAUAAAGUUGAUGAAGACGGUUCCACUAAUAGGAAUGGUAAGCGGCAGUUAAAAUUGAGCAGUGCUGGUUUCAUUGAAAGCAAGAGGAAGAGCGAAGAAAUUGAAUCGAGUGGUAAAGGUCGUUGCAAGUUUUUUCAGGCACGUAAACUUGAGCAACUUACUCAGUUCUGAGGACAAGGUUUAAUUUUCAAUGUUGUAAUUCUUUCUAUUAGUUUUUAUACUCUAUUAUAACAUUUUAUACACUUGUUAUCCUCAUUCUGUUAUUAGUUCCCAAGAUUAAGAUCAAUGGUUCAUUAGAUUAGGUCAUAGUUAAA